AUGGCCAAAUAUGAGCGUCGCGUGCGCCUCAACUACCACUGGCCAGAGAUUCAGCUGAAUAUCUGGCUUAUCGUCGUGCUAGCAGGCUCGGCAACAUGUCUAGGCAUCUUCUCCUGGUUCAUGACUGUACAAUCAACAAUGGAGCUUGGGACACCCUGGCUCUUCCCCUACAUGGUUGUAUCCAGCGCCCUGGCCGUCUUCUUCAUCUUCGUCGUUCUCGCCCUAAUCGCCCGCCAACUCUUAUUACCCGGAAUCUUGAUACUCGGCAGCUUUAUCCUCUUCGUACUCUUCCUUACUGGCCUCGUUGAGACGUCGUUGCAACUGUAUGCAGUGGAAGGGAAUAUCAACAGCAACUGUCAGAUCUAUGUUGAGGAUAACAAGUCGAGGGGGAAUAAUAUCAAUACUCUGGCUUGGUUGACGCAGAUUACUAUUUGUAAUUGCUGGAAAACAGCCUUUGCUAUGGAGCUAGUCAAUACCGUCUUUUAUGUGUGGAUGAUGGUUAUGUCGUGGCAGGUUCAUCGGAAUUAUUAUCAUCGGUGA